UCCUCCACCUGAUACAACCUGCACCCAGUGACUGUAACAUGUCAGAUAACGAGACGAGCUUUGACGAUGCCUCUUGUGUGUCCCCCCAGAGCCCCGGCUCCCCGUCGCCGACCAAAAAGCAGAACAAGGAAACCAUCAUCACGAUUUCUACUCGUCUGCGAAUCCUGAGGACGGACAUGACGGGGAAUAAGACGAAUGGCGGAAAUGUUACAGUCUGGAGCCCCCUCCCCCGGUGCCCCUUGUCUGACGUCAUGGCGGUCCUUGCCUCCAGUCAGCGCAGUCCGCCGGUGUUUCUGGAAGAGCCGCGUCACCGCGGAGCGGCCUGUGUAUUCACCGCGCCGGGAUCAUUCACUGACACCCCCCAGGCAGACAAGAAGGAUCCUCAGGGGAACACCUCGGUGACGGGAUUCGAGGAGCUCCUGCAGAAGCAGCUGAAGGGGAAGCAGAUGCAGAAGGAAAUGGCGGAAUUCAUCCGAGAACGGAUAAAGAUCGAGGAGGAAUAUGCGAAGAACUUGGCGAAGCUUUCCCAGAAUUCCCUGGCGUUCCAGGAGGAGGGGACGCUGGGCGAGGCCUGGGCGCAGCUGAAGAAGAGUCUGACCGAUGAGGCCGAGGUCCACCUGAAGUUCUCCUCCAAGUUGCAGAGUGAAGUGGAGAAACCGUUGCUGAACUUCCGGGAAAACUUCAAGAAGGACAUGAAGAAGUUCGAUCAUCACGUCGCCGACCUGAGGAAGCAGCUGAGCAGCCGCUACGCCGCAGUAGAGAAG